AUGGCCACAAAGAACAUCAUUGUAAAUGGUGCAUCGAGAGAAGAAUGGGAGAGAGCAUUUGCCGUGAACGUGACUGGCGCUUUACGGCUGAUACAAGCUGCGUUACCCGAAUUAAGAAAGAACAAUGGCCGCAUCAUCUUUACAUCCUCAGGCGCAGCUGUGGCUGGAUAUCCCACCCUCGGACCCUAUGGCGCUACGAAAUCCAUCCCCAACCAUCUUGCGCUUAUUUUGUCAAAGGAAGAGCCAAAUGUGACGACUGUAGCUGUCAGGCCGGGAACUGUGAAUACAGGUCUGGUGAGGAAGCUGCUGGAUGAUGAGAGGGUGGUUGAAGACGUAAGGACACUGUGA